AUGUAAAUUAACUAAUUGCCAUCAAAUUGUAAGGAUAGAUUAGCAGAUCUGGAAGCUCGUAUUCUAAAGAAACCUAAAGUUGAAAUUUUGGAGGCAUUCCAAAGAGGAGAUUCUUUUGAGGUUUUUUCUUCUUAAAAGGAGCGCAAAUUACCAACUAAAUAAUUAUCUUUAUAAGGAACUCCUCGUAAGAGUUCUAGUGAUCAAACACUCUUUCGAUAAUUAUAAAUUACAUAGUUUACAAAGAAUAUGUAGAGGAAUAAAAAUUAUAAUAAUAAUAAUUUUGAUUUAAAUGUAGAUGAAUUAUAAAAUGCUGAAUAAACAUUGAAAGAGAAAUUAAAUGCUAUAGCUAUAUAAGAUAUUAGAAUAAAGGAAUUAGAAGCAAGAGUUACAGAGUUAAAUUAAGAAUUAUAAGUAAAAUAAAUAAAUAUUAUAGGAAUAAAAGGAAUAAUAAUUCAAAAGUGAGAAUGCAUUAAAAUAAUUUGUUAUAGAAGUAGAUUAAUUUGAGAGAAUGUAAUUGAUAAUGGAGAUAGAGAGAAAUAAAGAAAAAUUAGGAGAAUAUUCUUAUUAAAGAGAAAAGACAUAAAUUCAAGAAGUUUGGGUAGAUGGAAAGGAAAUCAAAUAAAUAAAAGAAAAAGUUAAGUUGAUUGAAAAUUAGAAAGAGGAAAUAGAAAAUAAAAAGAAAUAAUUUUAAUUUCAAUCUUCUUCUUAAUAUCUUAAAUAUGUUUUAUUAUCUAAAGAAUAAUAAUUAUUAUAAGAAUAAUUAAGUAGAUUAGAAAAUGAAAGACAAAUAUUUAUUAAAUAAUUAAGGAGAUAAUAUGAUGAAGAACAUGCUAGAUUCAAAAAGAUUAAUGAAUAUAGAACAAUAGGAGAAAGAUAUGUAUUAUUAUAAUUAUUGGGUAGAGGAGGUUUUAGUGAAGUUUACAAAGUAUUUAAUUUAUUAAUUUAGGGAUAUGAUUUAAAAGAAUUAAAAUAUGUUGCUUGUAAAAUACAUUAAUUAAAUCCAGAAUGGUCAGUCAAUUCAAAAUCUAAUUAUGUUAAACAUGCAACAAGAGAAUAUAAAGUACAUAGAGAAUUAUUACAUCCUAAUAUAGUGAAAUUAUAUGAUUCAGUAGAAAUAGAUAUGAAUACAUUUUGUACAGUAUUAGAAUAUUGUGAUGGUUGCGAUUUAUCAAUCUAUAUCAAAAGAUAUAAAUAAUUUCAAGAAAAAGAAGCUAAAUUAAUUAUUUAGUAAAUUUUAAAUGCAAUCAAAUAUAUUCAUUAAAGUAAUAUUAUUCAUUAUGAUAUCAAACCAUAAAAUAUUUUAUUUCAUCAAAAUGAAAUUAAAUUAUCAGAUUUUGGAUUAUGUAAAGUAGUUGAUAAUGAUAAAUCAAAAAUGGAAUUAACUUCAUAAGGAGUAGGCACUUAUUGGUAUCUACCACCAGAAUGUUUCUAUACAGGAGAUUAACCUCCUAACAUUUCUAAUAAAGUAGAUAUUUGGUCAUUAGGAGUAAUCUUUUAUGAAAUGCUUUAUGGAAUGAAACCAUUUGGACAAGGAUAUAGUCAAGAAACUAUUUUGAAAGAAAAAGUAUAUUAUUUAUUAUAAAAAAGAUUAUUUUAAAAUCGGAAUGUGUAAAUUUCCCUACAAAACCAAUGAUUUCUAAUGAAUGUAAAGAUUUUAUAAAAGGAUGUCUAAAUUAUUCUUAAGCUGAAAGAUUUGAUGUGGUAUAAGCUUGUAAUCAUUAAUAUAUGUAACAGAGAAAAUGA